AUGGUUGGCCUAUUCGCAAAUGCCUAUUACAGCGGCUUCAAUUUGAACCCGGGAAGCGGACGAAGUCUACCGACUGGCGCCUUUUGGCCACAACAUCCACAACCACAACCGACCAGCGAUGCGCAGUCAGAACGAAGUAACAGUGAAGCGUCGCCGCCCGUCGUGCCAACCAGCACGACUGUUAAUCACAUGGCGCACAACUACACUCCUGGUUAUCCGGAAUGGCAAGCUGCCCAGAAAGCUUUUGCGGCCGCACAAAGCGUUAACGGCGCCGCUGCCGGUGCAAAAUUCCCGCCAGGACCCAGUGGUUUCGAUAUGAUGUCAGCAGCAGUGAAUCCAAUGUGUCCACCAGAAUUCUACCAUCCCGGUAUCACGUGGCCCGGUUUCGAUAUGAUGUCAGCAGCAGUGAAUCCAAUGUGUCCACCAGAAUUCUACCAUCCCGGUAUCACGUGGCCCGGUUACCAAUACGGCCAACAGUAUCCGUUCGCCACCGGACCUUAUGCACAACAUAUGAUGGACAUUCCUGGCCUUACAGGCUCAGCUCAGAAAGCCGCUGAAGUCGACAAUCGAUGA